CCAAUGAUUAGUCUAUCUCUAAGGCGAUUCCGUUUAGGAGCGGCGUAACGACAACGAUGUCGUAGUCUUAAUGUUCCGUAUUUGUACGUCAUAAAGAUUGUUGAAUGAGUGAUAGUGAAUUUCAUCUUAAACUGUUUGCUUUCAAUUAAAGUAAAUCUUUUCCGAAGGAUUUAGAACUAAGUUUGAUGGUGAUGAACCAAUAUUGGAGACUAGGCUACUAACCUCAAAGUAAACUGAGAAAAACAGAAGAUUUGUUCAAGAUAUAGGAAAUUCGUUUAAACUUUUUGUAGAUUGUUCAUUAAAUGGCAGGGCCAAAAAGAAACAAAAAAGACACAGAUCGUAAAUGGAAAAAAAGGAAGAAGGAUGAAGAGGAGGAUUCAAACAAUAUAGAUGAUCCUGGUGAAGGAAACGAUGAAGAUGGAGUGCCUGGAGCUGCAAAGAAGAACGCAGAGGCAGCUGAUCAGGGAGUUAAGGAGGAUGAGUUUGGAGCCAAAGACUACAGGGGUCAAAUGUCCUUAAAGUCCGAUCAUGCUUCCCGGCCGCUGUGGGUUGCUCCAAAUGGACACAUAUUUCUCGAGUCGUUCUCACCUGUGUACAAGCAUGCUCAUGACUUCCUCAUCGCCAUAUCUGAACCUGUUUGCCGUCCUGAACACAUCCACGAAUACAAGCUGACUGCCUACUCUCUAUAUGCAGCUGUCAGUGUGGGGCUAGAGACUCAUGACAUCGUUGAGUACAUCAAGCGGCUGAGUAAGACCACUGUACCGGACGGCAUCGUUGAGUUCAUCAAAUUGUGUACUCUUUCUUACGGCAAGGUGAAACUAGUCCUGAAGCACAACAAGUAUUUUGUGGAAUCUCCAUUCCCAGAGGUACUCCAGAAGCUCCUCAAGGAUCCUGUGAUACAGGAGUGUCGUCUGCGGCGGGCCGUGGAUAAGGAGAAGGAAACAACACUCAUUCCUCAAGUUCUGGAGAACAAGGGGUUACCUCUGUUCCGAAGUAGCCAGCCAGUACAGACAGAACUUCCGCCCCCAACGGAUGAUGAGAUCAAAGAGGUGGUCCCUGAAGAUAUAACUGAUUUCUACGACAAGAUGGACAAGGCGGAUGAAGACGAUGAUGAAGAAGCUAACCUGAAGACAGUGUCUUUUGAAGUCAAUCAGGAAAAAAUAGAAGUCAUACAGAAGCGAUGCAUAGAGUUGGAACAUCCACUACUAGCGGAGUAUGACUUUCGCAAUGACACUGUCAAUCCUGACAUUAAUAUUGACCUGAAACCAUCAGCUGUGCUGAGGCCGUACCAGGAAAAAAGUCUCAGGAAAAUGUUUGGCAACGGUCGAGCUCGUUCUGGUGUCAUUGUUCUGCCCUGCGGAGCGGGUAAAAGUCUGGUGGGUGUGACGGCAUGUUGUACCGUGCGCAAACGCGCUCUAGUCCUGUGUAACUCCGGUGUCUCAGUGGAACAAUGGAAACAACAAUUCAAAAUGUGGUCCACAGCGGACGACAGCAUGAUCUGCCGGUUCACGUCAGAGGCCAAGGACAAGCCGAUGGGCUGUGGGAUCCUGGUAACUACUUAUUCCAUGAUUACCCAUACACAGAAAAGAUCGUGGGAAGCGGAUCAGACCAUGAAGUGGCUGCAGGAGCAGGAGUGGGGCAUCAUGGUGCUUGAUGAGGUACAUACGAUCCCAGCCAAGAUGUUCCGUCGUGUUCUCACCAUCGUGCAGUCUCAUUGCAAGCUUGGUCUCACUGCCACGCUGCUGCGAGAGGACGACAAGAUCGCAGAUCUCAACUUCCUCAUUGGUCCCAAGCUGUAUGAGGCCAACUGGUUGGAGUUGCAGAAGAAAGGGUUUAUUGCACGUGUCCAGUGUGCGGAGGUCUGGUGUCCCAUGACGCCUGAAUUUUACCGGGAAUAUCUUCUCUGUCGGACCAGUAAAAAAUUGCUCCUAUAUGUGAUGAAUCCCAACAAGUUCCGAGCAUGUCAGUUCCUGAUUCGCUACCACGAAAGACGAGGAGACAAAACAAUUGUGUUUUCUGACAACGUGUUUGCUCUCAAACACUAUGCCAUCAAGAUGAAUAAGCCCUACAUCUAUGGCCCGACCUCACAGAGUGAGAGAAUUCAGAUUCUGCAAAACUUCAAGUUUAACCCAAAAGUGAACACGAUUUUUGUGAGUAAAGUGGCUGACACUUCGUUUGAUCUGCCAGAGGCUAACGUGUUGAUCCAGAUUUCCUCGCAUGGCGGCUCUCGAAGACAAGAGGCCCAACGACUCGGUCGAAUUCUUCGAGCUAAAAAAGGUGCGAUUGCGGAGGAAUACAAUGCCUUUUUCUACACUCUGGUGUCACAGGACACCAUGGAAAUGGGAUAUUCACGCAAGAGACAGCGGUUUCUAGUCAACCAAGGCUACAGCUACAAGGUCAUUACCAAGCUUGCUGGCAUGGACGAGGAGCCAGACAUGAUGUACAAGACGAGAGAUGAGCAGGCUCAACUGCUGCAACAAGUCUUGGCUGCCAGUGAGACAGAUGCAGAUGAGGAGAGGAUCCCAGGUGAGGGAGGCGGAGCUCGUGCUGGACCAUCCGGUGCAAACCGACGCCAAGGCAGUCUAUCAUCUAUGUCCGGUGCUGACGAUGCAGUGUACAUGGAAUACCGGCGCCAAUACCUUGCCAACAUCAAGCAUCCCUUGUUUAAGAAGUUCCGAGGCUAAUGUAUAUUUUUGUGUACCAAUAAAUCGUAUUUAUAUUUGUUAA